GUAAGAGGCAGACGGAAUUCACAGACGGCUCCUCGUGUCCCGAUGUAAACCAGUAGGCGGCAUUUCGAGCUCGUUCGUUCACGCACGAGGGUGGUUUUCCUCUCCAGUAAUCCUCGAUCGUAACGAGCUUCCCACACGGCUAACUACCACCGAUCGAUCGGAAUUACCUCGAGCAUGCCGUUCUUCAAGAAGCUCAGGAGAUUCUCCAGGCACAAAAAACUAUGCGAGGAAUGGGCUCUGGCGAAUAGUCGUGAAUGCGUAGAGGGUGGUGGUUCCGCUGGUACGACGCAGGAAGAAUCCGAGGAUGCAUCGGAAGCUAGGUUCACCCUGAAAUAUUUGGGCAGUACCCUCGUCGAGACACCCUCGAGCGAAGAGGCCACGGCAGAAGCCAUCAAGACCGUCAUUACGAUGGCAAAGGCUAGUGGUAAGAAGCUGCAAAGAGUUUCUUUGGCUGUGAGCUUGAAGGGUAUCAGAAUGACGGAUCUUGCCACGGAAGAAGAUCAGCUUCAGGUGUCUAUAUACAGAAUCUCCUAUUGUUCGGCGGACGCGACGCACGAUCAUGUGUUCGCGUUUAUCGCGACAAAUUUGAACGAAACCAUGGAGUGCCACGCGUUUCUCUGUCCGAAAAGAAAAAUGGCGCAAACGGUGACGCUAACGGUGGCACAGGCCUUUAACACGGCUUACGAGGCUUGGCAGCUGUCUCAGGCCGAUCCCAGGAUCCAUCACGCUCAAGAUAAAAGUCCUCCGUUGAACGACGACAGAAACGAAAACAACGAGAAAAAGAAAAAGGAAGACGACGACACGAAAUCCGUGGGAAAAGUUAACCAACAGAAUAAAGACAACGCUCAACGAUGUACCACGAACGAUGCUCAAAAGAAUCUUCUGAUCGAUCUAUCGAACGAUAAUAAAUCAGCGGGAAAUUCAUGGGUCUGCUUCGAAGAGGAAGACGGUAAGAAGAUGCAGAAGAAGAAGAACAACGCUACUAGUAUUCCCAUGACAACUCUGAGGCAUAGCACAACGUCUGCGUCCCAUCACGUUGUACCGAGGCCAACGACGGGCUUUAAAAUCCAAAAUGCUUGGGGUGAAUCGAGAUCGGUGGAUUUGAUGUGCUCGUAGCAGGCGUAGCCUUCGGCCGAUAGCUUCCGUGACGUGCCAUUAAUUACCGGUCUCUGGAAGCAUUUGUCGAAUAACGGCCAACCCAAGAAAAUUAACCAAUAGAAGUAAAUCUAUGUUCGCCCAACUCCGAUGGAUCGAAUCGUCCCAAGAAAUAUUCUUUAUACCGACCACUUCCACCGAUCCUACCAAUCCCGACUAAUUUUCAACAACGAUAUCUUCCGUUUCUUCUGUGACAAGACCCGUACCGAAUACGCUUACCGAUAUUUUGCAAAUACCACGGCGAAUAUGUCCAUCAUAAAAUACGCGGUAUUGUAUACGUGAUAUUGUAUACCUGGUGAUCUUUCCAACACGUUUUACGUCCUCCUUGGAACAGUCGAUGUCGAGCGGUGCUCGGGAGGAUCGAUAAAUCGAUGGGAAGAAAGAGUUUCAGUUCACGGCCAACAAGUGGGAACAAUUUUUCCAACCCUUUUGUAUAAUACGUGUGUAUCCGUGCCAAUUCUCUCACACAUAUCGUACAAAAAUUUCCUAUUACUCUACUUAUACCGCGUGAACGUGCGUUGUACCAAAACCUUUUCUUUUCGAACCACGUCCAAUUGUGAGUUUUACUCGCAAUACCGAUAAUCCACACGUAAUUCCCAUUGUUAAAUAGCUGGGCUAUUUUUUUUUCGUUCGAUCACUUGAAAUUCAUUUUUGCGCCGAAACAUUAUACAAAGCGUAGAUUUACGGUUAGAGGUAACAUAGGAUGUACUAAUCGUACUUUUCAUCUUAAUAUCGCUUCUUGCACUGUUAUUGUUUAAGGAGAGAUCAUGUUUUAACGCCAAUUAACAUUUCUUUCUCUUCAAAUUAGUAUGUAGGGGGGAAAAAAAUGAUCUUGACUUGACGAGAUAGCGGAAUUCGAUAUUAGGAACAUACAUACGUUGAUGCGUACAUUGUAAAAGUAUGUAUCCACUUAGCAUGUUCAUCGUCGAGAUUUUCGUAUAAUUUACACGGCAUUUGAGCUGCGUGUCAAGUAUAUAAUUCAAUAUUUACAUACGUACGUGCUGUAAAGUGUUACACUUUUAUAUAAUACGUUGUCUGAAAGAUACGUUUGUCAACAGCGGGAUACUUUAUUCCCUUGUGUAAAUUAUUAUGUCGAAAGAUCAUUUUCAAUUCAUACUUCAAAUCGUUAUCGUCGCGAUAAAAGCUGUUUAAACCAACUGUUUUUUCUUCUUUACAUUUUUGCCCCAUUUCUACGCAAUUUUAUACAUCUCGUGAUAUGUGAAAAAACCGAACCGUGAGUAACCCAACAUUAGCA